AUGUGCUCUCGUGGGAAGACGGUGUGCUGCAGCCAGCCGUGCCAGCAGGCCCGCUGCUGUGACCCGUGCCAGCAGGCCACAUGCUGUGACCCGUGCCAGCAGGCCCGCUGCUGCGUGAAGGUGUGCCAGAAAUCUACCUGCUGUGACCCGUGCCAGCAGUCCAGCUGUUGUGAUCCAUGCCAACAGUCCAGCUGCAACCCAUGCCAGCAGUCCAGCUGUUGCGACCCAUGCCAGAAGCCCACUUGCUGUGACCCGUGCCAACAAUCUACUUGCUGUGACCCGUGCCAGAAGUCCGUCUGCUGUGACCCGUGCCAGAAGCCCACCUGUUGUGACCCGUGUCAGCAAUCUACCUGCUGUGACCCGUGCCAGCAGUCCACUCGCUGUGACCCAUGCCAGAAGUCUGUCUGCUGUGACCCAUGCCAGAAAGAGUCCUACUUCAACCUCAACUCCACCUGGUACGACCCGUCGGGGUCCUGGCUGGACACACGGCGCACGCCGUUCCGCUACGGCUACGGCUCCUGCUCGGGCUGCGACGGCGAAGGCGUCGAGGGCAUGUGCCGGCACGGCCUGGCACAGCUGCGCCGCAUCCCCGCGGCCGCUCAUAAAACCCAGCCCCAGGGCUAG